CACCCACUCAAGCGAGGGGACAAGCCAAGUGAUGUGUAGCUACAUGUGAGCGUUUCUGUCACUUUAGUGUGAGUUUAAAGUGAAAAAAACACACAGUGGAAACAUGUCUGUGUCGUUAUCGCGCUGUCUCUGCAGGGUUUUGUCCCGACAGACCGGCCCGUCAAGCAUCCUGUCGGGAGAACAUCACCGUGCUGUCACCAUGAGCCCUUGGUUUGCCCCAGUGAUGACUCUUAAGACAUCUGCUCCACUGAGAGCGGAGCCCAAAAAGAAGAAGAAAGUGGACCCAAGAAGGGAGCAGUUGAUCAGAGACCGUAUGAGAAAAAAGCUGAAGAAGCUUGAGAAGAUUCCACCUGAAUAUAUCCCAAUAGAGGACUUCAUCACUCCAACCAAAUGCUUAGAUGAAACAAGGGAGCGCUCUACACCAAGGCUGUCAUUUGAAGAAAGUGAAGGUCGAGCUCUGCUGCUUAAGGAGUGGAGUCGACGCAAACAGGAGCAGCACAUGGCUGAGGUGCGGGCUGUUGAACUUGCACUGGAAGCCCAGAGGGAGGCGCUGGAGGAGCUGAAGUUGGAAUCUGAGGAGCUGUACCAGGCAGCAUUGAAGCCAGACCCCCUUCUGUUUCCCUUCAGUCGUGAAGGUCCUGCCUACACACCCCCAAAGACCAAGUACGACGCUCCUGAUGGGAAAUACAACGACAUCACUAAAGUUUACACACAGUGAUGGAAAAGGAACAGCUAUGGGUGCCUGUGUGUGUGACUGUUCAUUUAGUAUUUGUCCUUGUUUGUACAUAAUUCAGUAAGCCAAGAUGCCACAUUUUAACAGUCUGCAGAUACAGGUGUGAAAGAUAACUUGCAUGUUUUCUUGAAUUGUCAUCAAGAGUAUGAGGCUUACAGUCACCACAGUUCUCAUUUCUGUAUCAAAUACAGCAUUUAUGGAAAUUACACAGUGAAUUGUUUUUUUUUUCACUUUCACACCUCUGUAUAAAACAACAGAAGAAAACUGAAAAUAAAAAUGUGAUUUUUUUUUAUUGA